GCCAUAGCGGACCUGGUGCGGUAGUAUAGCGGAUAAAUUGCCUUUGAAUGGAUGUACUCUAAAAUAUACGUUGACUAUUAUCAUUUAUUUCUAAAAAUAGAAUUCUUUUUUUUUAAAUUUUAAAUACACGUGAUUACAGUGAAUAUAAUAAUAACAAUAAUUAUUAUUAUUAUUUUAAAUUUAAAUUUAAAUUUAAUUAAUUUUGUGUUGUGUGUGCGUGCGUGAGUGUGGGUGUAGUUUAAAAAUAAAAAUAAUAAAUCAAGUUUUUGGUGAAAAUGAAAGAGUAAUAAAUUUUAUGUGAUGAAAUUAAACGUAAAAUGGACGCAGUUACACAACGACUUAAUUUUGAUGAGAGUGAUUUUGAUGAGGAAUUAAAUAUCAGCUGUCGUACAAAUAGUUCUGGAUGCGACGUUGAUGAUGCAUUGGAUACAUCUGAAGAUUCUUUAUCACCGCAUAAUUUAACAUUUGAUCCAUCAAUGGAUUAUACCAAUUGUGAUUCACCAACUGGUAAUAAUCAUGACAAAACUCCAGCAAUAUUUAUUACAGGUCCAACAGGACAUCGUGUUGGCUACCAUCGUGAAAGUGGACCACAAUCACGAUUAUCGACAGACAAUUCAGUAGCUAGUCCACCAUAUAAACGAGUAAGAGCCCUGAGGUUAUUUGAUGCUCCUGCAACACCAAAAACAAUUAUGGAGAAAUCGAGUAUGCAAACACCAGUACCAGUUAAAAAUACAAGGUCACAUGUAACAACAGACAAAGCACGUCCAGUUGCUUCAUCAUAUCAAAGUAAAUCUGAUAAACCAGCAGCAAAUGUUAAUCCAUUUACUCCAAAUGGUAUGAUGUUAACAGCAAGAAAAAGAAGUAGAUCAAAACGUAGUUUAAAAAGAUCACCAACUGGUCUUUGUAUACCAAAAUUUGAUUUAGCUGAUACAGAUUCAGAUAAUGAAAUGGAACAACCAACAAAACGUGUUGCAUUACAAGAAUCAAAUAUACCACGUUAUUAUCAAGAAUUUCAUGAAGUUGGUUUAAUUGGUUCUGGUGAAUUUGGAUCAGUAUAUAAAUGUAUUAAUCGUUUAGAUGGCUGUGUUUAUGCAAUUAAAAAAAGUUUAAAACCAAUUGCUGGUAGUGUUAAUGAAAAAAAUGCAUUAAAUGAAGUAUAUGCACAUGCUGUACUUGGUUCACAUAAACAUGUUGUACGUUAUUAUUCAGCAUGGGCUGAGGAUAAUCAUAUGAUAAUACAAAAUGAAUAUUGUAAUGGUGGUAGUCUUGCUGAAAUAAUAAAUAAUAUGCGUGAAGAAGGACGUUCAUUUACAAUGUAUGAAUUACAAAAAUUAGUUGCACAAUUGGCUGAUGGUUUAACAUAUAUUCAUAAUAUGCAAUUAGUACAUAUGGAUAUUAAACCAGGUAAUAUAUUUAUAUCAAAAGAAAGACGUUUAUUAUCAACAAAUUAUGAUUCAGCUGAUGAUGGUUUUGAUGAAGAAGAAACUGUUGAUUUUGAUAUAACAUAUAAAUUUGGUGAUCUUGGUCAUGUUACAUCAAUGAAUAAUCCACAAGUUGAAGAAGGUGAUUGUAGAUAUUUACCAAAUGAAAUAUUACGUGAAGAUUUUUCACAUUUAAGUAAAGCUGAUGUAUUUGCACUUGGUUUAACUAUUUAUGAAGCUGCUGGUGGUGGUCCAUUACCUAAAAAUGGUCCAGAAUGGCAUGAAAUUAGAAAUGGUGGUCUUAAAUUUCUUCCAAAAAUAUCAACACAUUUUAAUCAACUUUUAAAGUCUAUGACACAUCCAAAUCCAAUGUCAAGACCAUCAGCAACUGAAAUAUUAGCUCAUCGAGCACUUAAUCAAGGUGAAACACCAAAAUCAAAAGCACAAUUAGAACGUGAAUUAAUAUCUCUUAAAUCAAAAAAUGAAAUAUUAUCAAAACAACUUGAAGAAGCUUAUCGUAAAAUUGGCCUUAAUUCACCAAAUUUAUCACCAGUAAGUCCAUUAAAUCGUUUUAAUCAAUCUGGAUAUAGCCUAAGACAUACACCAACAAGAACUGGAGGACGUAAAACUGGUAAAAAUGUUAAUCGUAGUUACAGUACAACGAAUUUUUAAAUAAUGUUUUUAUCUCCACCUUCGUUAAUAAUACAAUAAUAAAAAUAAUCCAGCUGGAAAAAAAACAAUUAAUAAAAGUAGUUUGAGUUGUAAAAUGAAUGGCUGGGGUGGUUAUGGUACCUGGUGGUGCCUUGAUAAUGUGAUAUAUCCAGUUAACAUUAGGUAGUAAGUGAUAUUCAAUUUAAAGUCAAUACCAACCCUUUUGAGAUAUUUAAAAAUUAUUUUAUAUAUGUACGCAGGGUAAAAUCUUGAACCUAGUUUUAUACUCAUUAUGUUGUAGUUUUUUUUUUUUUUUUUUUUACUGGAAAAUAAUUUCAUGUUGAGCUUUUGUUUCUUUUUUUUUAAAUAAAAAAUUCAACAGCUCAAGAAAUAUUUAUCUUUUUUUUUUUUUUUUUUUCUUUUCAUAUAGUAUUAAUAAUUAUACAUAUAAUUUCUUUUUUUCUCUUUUUCUUUUCAAUCUUAAUCAUAAACUUAUCGUUUAUUUUAAAAUUUUAUAUUCUUAGAUUUUACCUUUUAUUAUCACAACGUUCGAUUCAUUUUUUUUACUUCAUUUAAAUAAAAAAAAGUAUUGAAAUAUUUUUUAUGUUCAAUUCAAUUACAGUUUUUUUCCUCAAAUUUUUUUUCAUUUUUUUUUUUUUUUUUGAUGCAUCAUGUGAUUGUUAAUCCAAUAGUGCACCAAUUUUUUUUUUUUUUUUCUUUUUGCAUUUUUUUUUUCUAUAAUCAACGAAUGCUCAAGUGAAAAAUAUUAUUAAACAGUUUUUAUGCAUGCUGUUUUUACAAUUAAUUAUCAAACUACCUAACAAAAACAAUUUUAUUUUUUAAAAAUUACUGUAAUUUAAAAACAAUUUUGAAUAAGAUUUUACUCUGCGUACAAAAUCAGUUAAAGACACGAUAAUUAUUCAAUAAAAUAAAAAAAAAAAUUGACAAAAAAUACAAUACAACAAUGAAAAAACUAAACAAUUUGAUACGAUUAAUCUUUUUCUAUUUUAUAAAUAAAAUUUUUGAUAGUUUUUCGUUAUAAUUCAAUAAUUCUUUAAUUAUAAAAAUUGAUUUGUCGUUUAUAAAUAAAUAACUGUAAAAUAAUAAUUGAACAAUUUACAAAAAAACAAAAUUAUUUUUCGGACUAUUGUUGCCACGUGGUUUUUUAAUAUUCGUUAAAAAAAAAAAAAAGAAAAUACUAAUCAUUAGAGAAAUAUGGGGUAAAAGAAAAAAAAAACUUUUAACAUGUUAAAUUAAUGUGUACGUAUUUCCCCCAUAUUUUUCUAAGCAUUAUAUAUUUUUCUUUUUAAAUCUUACACAUUGAAAAACCAAUGUAUUGUAUUUUAUCAAUAAUUUUUUUUUAAAUUUAUUCAGUUAUGUACAGCAGUGUAGAAAAAAAAAAUAAUCAUCUUUGUGUUUUAUUGUGUGUACAUGACAAAAUAAUUAAAUGACCGACAUGUUUAUAUAUUUAAGUUAACACAGCUAUUUUUCACUAGAAACUAGAUAAGUCUUUUUUUUUUUUUAAUUUUUUAUUUACAUUUAUAGUUAAAGAAUGAAGACUAAAAUUUAAAAAUUUAAAAAAGUCUUUUUUUUUUUUUUCAUUUGUAAAAGAGUGCCUGUAAAAUGCAUCAUGCACUAUAUUCAGUUAAUAUUAUUGUUUCUUUUUUUUGUUUCCCUAGUCACAUUUAAAGCCACGUUUAAAUUUACACCCAUAAAAAAAACUCCAUUUGAUUAAAAUUCAUUUUCCUCUUAAAUACUGCAUGAUGUAUUUUACAGCCACUCUCAAUC